AUGGAAGACACGAGAGAAAAGAAACAGCCAAAGAAACACUUGUGGAAGCCAGAAGAGGACUUGAUUCUGAAGAAGUAUGUGGAAACUCAUGGUGAAGGCAACUGGGCAACUGUGUCACAACAAUCAGGUUUAAUGAGAGGUGGAAAAAGCUGCCGACUGAGAUGGAAGAAUUAUCUCAGGCCUAACAUAAAACGUGGAGAAAUGUCUCAAGAGGAACAAGACCUUAUUAUUCGAAUGCAUAAGCUUCUGGGGAACAGAUGGUCCCUGAUUGCCGGCCGGCUUCCUGGUCGAACCGAUAAUGAAGUGAAGAACUAUUGGAAUACCCAUUUGAACAAGAGAUGCCAAUGGGGCAAAAGAAAACAUACCGAUUCAAAUGGCGAUAAAAACGACAGCAAUGGUUCUAAGACGAAUAACAAAGAAAACAAAACCGACAAUCCUCAUCCGACCACCAGUGAAAGCCAGAAAAACACUACCGAGAGAUCGGUAGAACGGAAGGAGGAAGAGAAGAGUGCUGCUUUAAUCCCAUUCAUGGAUGACACAAACGGCUUUAAUUUCGACAUAGAAUCUCCCAUUAUGACUCCUGCAAACAGCUCCAUGUUUGUCUUCGAUGAUGAGCCUUUCACAACCUACAUGGAUUCAUUUCUUUUGUUUGAAGCAUUUGGAUACACUGCAGGAGAGGAGAGUUAUGCAGAGUGCAAUCACUCUAAUGAUCUCUGCCAUUCUCAAUACAUGACUCUUUCCACAUAUUCUAGUAGGAAUUAGUUUGUGUUUUGAACACUGCAAGACCGCAGCACUUUGUGCUUUUUCCUGCAGUAGCACCUUGUGCUUUUUUCCUGCAAUGCUGACGGACGCACCAUAAUAUUGUUCUUUUUUUGGG